AUAUUCCUUUAUUUUUGUUUUCUAUACAUAUACAAGGCUUUGAGAUUGUUUGUAGUUAACAUUGAUGGGCUUUCAUUGCUUUCAUCAUAAUAAUCUUUAUGAAAAUUGCUGAACAUCUUAUCCUUUUACAUCUGGGAAGAUAAGGUUAUCGAUUCUAUAAAUUGGAAUCUUGGAGCCUAGCUUGAACGGCUGAACCUCUAUGCUCUUCCAUAUAUUUUCUUGCACUUCCUGAGAGGUUCAUCAGUUACGUUCUUAAAGAUGGAUGCUUCUGGGAGGUCGAAUGGGGCCAAAUAUGAGUGCUUGCUCUUUGAUAUGGAUGACACUCUGUACCCCAUGAGCUCUGGUCUCAACUUGGCUUGCCGCAAGAACAUAGAAGAGUUCAUGUUGCAACAUUUGCACAUGGAAGAAACUCAAGUGCCAAGGAUGUGCUUGGAAUUGUACAAGGAAUACGGGACAACAAUGGCCGGUCUAAAGGCUCUGGGUUAUGAAUUUGAUAAUGAUGAGUUUCAUGCGUAUGUCCAUGGAAGACUACCCUACGAGGUCCUUAAGCCCGAUCCAGUUUUAAGGAACCUUCUACUUUCCAUGCCACAGCGUAAAAUAAUCUUCACUAAUGCCGACGAAGCACACGCGGCUCAAGUUCUCGAUAGGUUGGGUUUGGAAGAUUGUUUUGAAGCCAUCAUAUGCUUUGAAACUCUUAACCCUCCCCUUGAACCAGUUGAUUGCAUGGAUGUGCCAGAUGGUGAUGCAGUCCUCGCAGGAGAUUAUUCCCCGGAGGUCGAUGCCAUUGGUUUAACUGGUGGUACACGAUUAAGUUUCAGUUCCAAAUCACGAAUCCUCUGCAAACCCUCUGUGGAAGCCAUUGAAGCUGCCAUUCAAAUAGCAAACAUUGACCCGAAGAAAACAAUUUUCUUCGAUGACAGUGUCCGAAACAUUGCAAGUGGGAAAGCAGCCGGACUCCAUACUGUUAUUCAGGUGGGGAGCUCAAUACUGGUGCCUGGUGCGGACCAUGCCUUGAGUAGCAUCCACAAUAUCAAAGAAGCACUACCUGAAAUAUGGGAAGGUGAAGGAGAACAGAUUGAACAAGUUAUUCCGUCCACUGCAGUUGAAACCGUUGUCCUUGCAUAGAUUUCCCAUGAGCCAGACAUUACAGCUGCUUCUCAUGCACAAUUGUGAAAUGAAGUGAAUGCAGAAUCCCUA